CUUCGCGUGUCCUGCACCCGGACCUUCCGGUCAGCUCGCCCAUCUCGCCGCGUGACGCCCGCGGCAGCCAAUGAGCACAGGGAGGUCGCCCUGCCCCGCCCCUCCUCUGGCCAGGGGAACUAAUCGUGUUGCGAGAGAGGCAGAACGCGCCAAGUCCCGAAAGAAGAGCAGGGGGGAAGCGGUUGGCGGUCCAGAAAUGCGAGGUGACCGGAGGCGGACCCGAGGGCUCCUUGGAUGAUAGCCUGCUAAGAAGGGAUCCUGUGAGCCGAUGUCCCCAUGGAAUCCAAAGACAAAGAUGUGGUUCCCUCGCUGGGCUCUCCCUGGGCCUCCGGGACAGGGCCCUGGGAUGCCAUCCUCAAGGCUGUCAAAGACCAACUCCCAUCUCUGGACUCGGACUCCUCCUUGUCAGACUGCGGGGAAGAGGAGCUGUUCAUCUUCCAGCGAAACCAAACUGUCCUGAUUCCAGACCUGUCGGAAGAGCUGGCUGAAGACCCUGCUGAUGGCGACAAGUCCAGGACCUGGGUCGUUGAGGCCGAAGGGUCCCCUCCUGAGCCAGUUCUGGUGCCCAUGGCAUUCACUGCAGAACCCAGGAGUGGAUGGAAUGCCAGGACAAAGGAUUCAAUCUCCUGGGAAGGCAGGGACCCUGGUGGGCCUUUGGAGAGCUGCGAUGAGAUCAACUCUCUUCUCAGGAUGGCCGAGGAGACCCCCGAGGGGCUGGAAGGAGACCUUGCCAACAUGUCCUUCAACACCAAAGUAUCCCAGAGUCCUCCCUGGGGCCUGCAGGGAGAAGCUGCCCCCUCCCCCCAUGAAGGGGACCCGAACACAGAGCCCCCGAGCACUGCCUCACAAGACCCUGUGAACCGCAGAGCCCUGCGACGGGAGAGAAGGAAGAUGAUAGAGAAGGACAUACUCCGGAAAGUGACCUGGGAUGCCCGGGACCCAGCCUGCAGUGACCAAAGCCAGGAGAAGGAGAUGUCCUGCCAGGCUGGAGAGUCAGCUCAUGGACCAGAACCACCUCCGGAGGUGCCUCGGGAAGGAUGGCCCGUGCUCUCGCUCAAGCAACUUGAAGAGUGGGAUUUGGAUUAUACCCUUCAGAGUCUGGCGGGGCAAGAAGACAACCAGGGAAAUCAUGGACCUGGAGGCGUGUGGUGGGCCACCAAAGCCGACCACCACCAAAGCCGAGACCACACUGCACCGAGUGCCCAGGACAGGCUGAUGGAACGGCUGGCCCUCCUGUGUGCCACACAGUCCAGAGCCUCUGCCUCUGCCUGGAAGGUGGCUGCCAGCACAGCCUGGGACACGGAGGAGGAGGCUGGAAGCAGAUGUGCCUCAAUGAAGCCAGGCUGCUGGGCUGAGCUGGACUGGAAUAUGGCUGAGGGCAUGAGGCUGAAGAUGGAGCCUCCCACCAUCUUCAUCGAUCUGCGUCAGACAGAGCCACCAGACCACAAGUCCCCGGAAAGCUCCAGCCACAGUUCCUCUGACACUGAGGAGGAGGAAGAGGAGACAGCGGCUCUGGGAGACCAGCAGGGCCCAGUGGCACAGGCAUCUCCCUCCUCCCGGGGACUACGGAACUGUACUGGCAAGAGUCAGCUUCUCCAGCAGCUCAGGGAGUUUCGGAAGGGGAUGGCUCACCCCGAGCCUCCUGCCAGCAAGGGUCCUGGUGGCCAGGAGGCUCAGGUCCCUGAAGAUGUGGUCGUCAGGAGCUGGAGGAAGCAGCAUGUCCAGCUGUGGGCUGAGGGGCAGAGCACCCAGGCCAGACUCCCAGAAGGAAGUCCCAGGGUCCUGGGAGACCAUCUUGGGCUGGGGACAGCCAGGGAAGUCCUGGUACCUCUUCUGGGCCAACUAUAGAUGCCUCAGCUGGCUGGUACAGCGAUGGAACCCUGGACUGUGUUGUUACCAGCACCACACUGUCACCCACUGAGUGACCGGCCAGCCCUGCGCCCGUUUUCAGAGUCCUUUUGUUUUUUGUUUUUUUUUUUUUUUUAAGAUGACUGGUAAGGGGAUCUUAACCCUUGGCUUGGUGUUGUCAGCACCACGCUCAGCCAGUGAGCGAACCAGCCAUCCCUAUUUAGGAUCUGAACCCAUGGCCUUGGUGUUAUCAGCACUGCACUCUCCCGAGUGAGCCACGGGCCAGCCCUUCAGAGUCCUUUCGUAAGUGCUGCUCUCAGACAGACCUCUCCCUAGUAGGCAGAAGCCUGAUCCCUGACACCUUUGUUCUCUCGCCAACUCGUCUCCAGGCCCCUGCCUGCCCCAUGGGAAGAGCAUAGAAAUCGUCACCUCAGGUCCCUCCAUGCCAUGGAUGCAGGCAGCAUGGCAGGGCACUUGGCAUUUGAUCAAACGUUCCAGCAUUCAACAGGGGUCACUGCUGGCUGCUGUACUACUGAGGGUGGGCAGGGGUCUCUCUACAUCAAGCCCUGCACCUGGCCAGAUGAGCCCUGCCCAGCUGAGGCCAGCAGCAACAUCAUGCAAAUGCCAGCCACAGGCAGCCAAAAUGGGGCCACCAACUUCUGCUCUCCAGGCCCCACUUGAUCUGGCCACCAAGGACCUCACCACCAACCCCGGCUCCCAACCACAAGGGGCAUUCCCAUUAGAAGCCAAGUGCCACACAGGCUUCCAUAAAGGCCACAGAAGGCCUGGGGGAGGCAGCUCCUGCUGGGCAAGACCAGGCUCCCUCAACUGGGGCCCCCACCAGUCCCUGCAUCCUGUGCGCAUGCAGCCUGGGACAACACAGCAGCCUCCCACUUAGCUGUCAAGAGCAGAGGCUAUUUCUUCUUUAACCCCAUCAUUUUCUCCAAUCUUCACCCUUUUAAUGCCAGUAAGUUCAUUUAGAAUGUCUCACAGUGACAGAAAAUAAACUCUU